AUCACCGCAUGCCAUAAAACCCCACGGCGGAGUGCAGAACCCCGGACUCAUACACACACACACACACACACACACUCACAGAGUGUAACUUAGUCAACUAUACUUUACCUACUGGAUCACAACAGGACCAAACAUGGAGAUAUUCAGCAAUGACAUUAAGAAGCCCAAGUCUUCAAUAUUUUGUAACAUCAAGUUCUUUGUGUUGUGCCAUGGCCUGCUCCAGCUCACCCAGCUACUGCACUCAGCAUACUUUAAGAGCACCAUCACCACCAUCGAGAGACGAUUUGGUCUAGACAGUCUGUCUUCGGGAACCAUCUCUUCCCUUCAUGAGGUGGGGAACAUGGUCCUGAUAGUGUUUGUCAGUUACCUUGGAAGUCGUGUUCAUCGUCCUCGUCUUAUUGGACUGGGGGGCCUCCUGAUGUCCAUUAGUGCCAUGAUACUGACAUUACCUCACUUCCUGUCUCCACCAUACACCUAUGACUCUGUCCUGAAAGACAGCAGGCAGGACAUGUGCUCUGUCCAUGCCCCUCAUGUCAAUGGAUCCUCCGCUGAGGCAUGUGGUCAGCAGGACACCCGCAAGCUUGUGGAUAAUACAAAGCUGUGGGUACUCAUGGGUACGGCCCAAAUGUUGUUUGGAAUCGGCUCGGUCCCAAUUCAACCCUUUGGGAUCUCAUAUGUGGAUGAUUUCGCUGGGCCAGGCAACUCCCCUCUCUACAUUGCCAUACUCUUUGCCGUGUCUGUGUUCGGGCCUGCCUUUGGCUAUCUCCUAGGAUCUGUGGUACUGAGAAUCUAUGUGGAUGUAGACAGAGUUAAUGGAGCAGCGGCUCAGGAGUUGACUCCUAUCGACCCUCGCUGGGUUGGAGCAUGGUGGAUGGGUUUGCUGGUCUCAGCUGGGGGGAUGUUCCUCACCUCCAUCCCCUACUUUUUCUUCCCCAGGGCCAUGCAUGUGGAUAAUAGCAUUGCAAAUGAGAGGGGCAUUUUGAAAGAUACCCACAAGAGUUCUGACAUCUCCAUGCUGGAUUUCCUCAAAAUGUUCCCACGCCUGUUUGUGCGGUUGUUGCUCAGUCCACUCUUCUUGCUGCUGGUUUUGACCCAGUGCUGCUUCUCCUCGGUGAUGGCCGGACUUGCCACCUUCCUCAACAAGUUUCUGGAGUGGCAGUACAGCACCUCAGCAGCCUACAGCAGUCUUCUCAUAGGUGCCGUGAAUCUGCCCUCAGCAGCCAUCGGGAUGCUUUUGGGGGGUGUAAUUAUGAAACGCUGGGGCCUGUCACUUCGAGCCAUUCCACGUUUCUCUAUGGUAUUGCUUACCCUCUCCACAGUGCUGUGUGUUCCUCUGUUCUUCAUGGGCUGCUCCACUCAAACAGUCUCUGGAGUUUACCCACAGAAUGGAUCCAGUGGGUUUUUAUCCUGCAAUUCCAACUGCACAUGUCCAAAGAGUGGUUUCAACCCAGUAUGUGGGGACAACAACAUUGAAUACCUUUCACCGUGCCAUGCAGGCUGCACCAGCUUUACAAAAGACCCAAAAAACACAUAUCGGAUUAAGUCCUUCAAUAACUGCAGCUGUGUGACGGUGGGCACUGGCAUAGGUGGUGCACGCCCUGGUCCCUGUGCCAACAGCUGCCCUCACCUCCUCCUGCCUGUUAUCUUCCUCAUCUCUAUAGCAGCCCUUAUCGCCAGCCUGACACACAACCCAAUCUACAUGAUGGUUCUCAGAACAGUGCCGCAGGAGGAGAAAUCUUUUGCCAUAGGAGUUCAGUUCCUACUCAUGAGAGUUCUUGUGUGGCUGCCAGCCCCUGCCCUUUUUGGGAUGACCAUCGACACCACCUGCAUUUGGUGGAAAAGCGUCUGUGGGAAAAAGCUCGGCUGUGGUUACUAUGACAACAACCUCUUUAGAAACAGGUAUCUUGGUUUGCAGGUGUUCUUUAAAAUUAUGGGCAUCGCCAUGCUGGCUCUGAUAGGCUGGAAGGUUGGAAGAACCCAAGAGUACAGUCUGGAGAAAAGGCCAGGGGGACCGAUGUGAUGCUCCAGUCCCUUCUGUAGGAGAUGCACAUCUUUAAGAGUCCUUUCAGCAAACCAGACCAUUGACACCUUUUAUGACAUGUCCUCUUCAUGAUGGUCCUGCUGAAAGAGGGACUCUGUACUACAUGGAUGGAUGGAUGGAUGGAUGCUAUGUUCCACUUUGCACUGACUUGCAAGAAUAUCCUACAGAUCCUACCUUUACAAACCGGGAGACUUCAUGCCAGUGUUCCAUCUUUUUAUUUUAUGAACUGUUAGUUAAAGGUCUAUAAUGUUCACAUGUUAUAAUACUAAAUCUAAUAGACUUUCAGACAACUAAAGUAUAUGCUGCUGGUUGAAAUGUCCUGGUUAUCCACUCAAGAAUAAGAAGAAUCCUGUACCUCUGUUCAGUGUCUAUUAAAUGUACUGAAUGUAUUGUGGUGGGCUCAUGAUUAAGAGGUUUCACCCUCCCUGUGGUGGAUAUGUGAAGAAUAACUGAUGUAUGUAACAAUGUCUUAGAAAUGACACAUUUUUACACGUUUAUAGUUUUUUCUUGUGUGUGUGUGUGUCCAUGAUAGUGUUCCAGUAUUUAAGAGACCUAUAAUUGGUCAUGCAAUUAAAGCAUUUUAAAGCUUAAAAUGUUAGUGUUAAUGAUGUGGAAAUGGGUGCCUUAAAUAUUUGUACUGUAUAUAUGUAUUUUUGUACAACUUAGGAUUGUUAUAUUCUAUAAUCUUAAUUUUUUUUCACAAAUAAUAAAAUAUUGCAGUCACAA